AUGUUGAAAAAAGAUGGCGCUAACAUACGUCUCGUUGGUGGCAGUAACUCCUGCUCUGGUAGAGUGGAAGUCUAUCAUAAUAACCAGUGGGGAACAGUGUGUGAUGAUAACUGGGACAUGAAUGAUGCACAGGUGGUGUGUAGACAACUUAGAUGUGGUAAUGCUGUCAGCGCUAAUAAAAAUGCCACCUUUGGUCAGGGAAGUGGCCCAAUAUGGAUGGAUGAUGUUCGCUGUUCUGGAAGUGAAAGCAGCAUCACACAGUGCACUCAUAGUGGAUUUGGAUCACACAACUGUAACCAUGGUGAAGAUGCUGGUGUUACUUGUGCAGAGAUAUAUGGCGCUAACAUACGACUCGUUGGUGGCAGUAACUCCUGCUCUGGUAGAGUGGAAGUCUAUUAUAAUAACCAGUGGGGAACAGUGUGUGAUGAUGACUGGGACAUGAACGAUGCACAGGUCGUGUGUAGACAGCUUGGAUGUGGUAAUGCUGUCAGCGCUCAUCAAAGUGCUUACUUUGGUCAGGGAAGUGGACGAAUAUGGAUGGAUAAUGUUCACUGUUCCGGAAGUGAAAGCAGCAUCACACAGUGCACUCAUAGCGGAUUUGGAAUACACAACUGUAACCAUGUUGAAGAUGCUGGAGUUACUUGCUCAGGGACCAAUAAAAAACUAAAACUUCUUGGUGGCAGUAACUCCUGCUCUGGUAGAGUGGAAGUCUAUUAUAAUAACCAGUGGGGAACAGUGUGUGAUGAUGACUGGGACAUGAAUGGUGCACAGGUGGUGUGUAGACAGCUUGCAUGUGGUAAUGCUGUCAGCGCUCAUUACGGUGCCUUCUUUGGUCGGGGAAGUGGUCCAAUAUGGAUGGAUGAUGUUCGCUGUUCUGGAAGAGAAAGCACCAUCACACAGUGCACUCAUAGGGGAUUUGGAAUACACAACUGUAACCAUGGUGAAGAUGCUGGUGUUACUUGCUUUGGUACAGAAAACUCUUUACGACUCGUUGGUGGCAGUAACUCCUGCUCUGGUAGAGUGGAAGUCUAUUAUAAUAACCAGUGGGGAACAGUGUGUGAUGAUAACUGGGGCAUGAAUGAUGCACAGGUGGUGUGUAGACAGCUUGGAUGUGGUGAUGCUGUCAGCGCUCAUCAAAAUGCCACCUUUGGUCAGGGAAGUGGCCCAAUAUGGAUGGAUGAUGUUCGCUGUUCUGGAACUGAAAGCACCAUCACACGGUGCUCUCAUAGGGGAUUUGGAACACACAACUGUAACCAUGGUGAAGAUGCUGGUGUUACUUGCUCAGAUGGCUCUAACAUACGACUCGCUGGUGGCAGUAACUCCUGCUCUGGUAGAGUGGAAGUCUAUCAUAAUAACCAGUGGGGAACAGUGUGUGAUGAUGACUGGGACAUGAAUGAUGCACAGGUGGUGUGUAGACAGCUUGAAUGUGGUACUGCUGUCAGCGCAAAUCGAAGUGCUGCCUUUGGUCAGGGAAGUGGCCCAAUAUGGAUGGAUGAUGUUCGCUGUUCUGGAAGUGAAAGCUCCAUCACACAGUGCACUCAUACUGAAUUUGGUUCCCACAACUGUAACCAUGGUGAAGAUGCUGGUGUUACUUGCUCAGGUCUAGGAGUCAUUAGUGUUUUUUUCUGUAAUAAAUCAGGACUAAAUCAGAUCAGGCUGGUGAAUGGUACGAGUAACUGUUGUGGUCGAGUUGAGAUCCAGUACAAUAGACGUUGGGGAACAGUGUGUGAUCAUUCCUGGGACUUAAAGGAUGCAAAGGUGGUGUGUCGACAGCUUGGAUGUGGUAAAGCAGUCAGCGCUCCUUAUAAUGCCCGCUUUGGUCAGGGAAGUGAACCAACCUGGCUGGAUGAUGUUCGGUGUACUGGAACUGAGAGCUCCAUAGAUCAGUGCUCACACAGAGGAUUUGGAAUAGAGGACUGUGGACAUCAUGAAGAUUCAGGGGUCGUGUGCUCAAAUUUCAGCUUGUAUAAAGCUGGGACAUUAAUAAAGAAGCAAACUGCAGAGACUACAACAACAUUUACUCUGACUGUAGAUGAAUCACACCAGGGCCAGUACACCUGUGACUACACAUACAGGGAAAGUAACUCCACAUCAUCCAGGAGCAGCUCCAUUACCAUCACUGUGGUAAAUUUGCAGCAACCAAGUAUCUCCUUCAGUAAUGCUGAUGGACCAGAAGUAACAAGAGGCUACAGCUUCUCCAUCAUCUGCUCCACUGAACCUCAGUAUCCAGGAGGUUCCUUCAACUUGGAGCUCAGUGGAUCCAAUCUCAUCAAGACUCAAUCAACUAUUAAACAUGCAGCUGUCUUCCUUUUUUCUAAGGCAGAUUCUGUCCAUCAGGGAAACUACAGCUGUACUUAUAAAGUCAACGUGUCUGCACGCACCUUUACCUCCACUGUCAGUAAACCCCUGUUCAUCACUGUAAAAGCAUCUCAGCACCUGGCUCCCUACAUUGGUGUUGGAGUGACAGUAGGACUGCUUCUCAUCUUAGUUCCAGUCAUUAUGUACUUUGUGAAGACACAAAAAGGACAGACAUUUCGUGUCAAUAGCAAGAACACACAGUGUGAGUAG